AUGUUUCCCUUGGUCAGAAAUGCACUAAGUAGUCUCAGGAUCCGAAGGAUUCAACAAAUUAGACAGAGUCACUCGAAACACUCACCAGAUUUUCAUGACAAAUAUGGUGAUAUCCUACUAGCCAGUGGAACCUCUUUCUGUCUUGUUACAUGGGUAUUUCUAGUCACACAGAUUGGCAUAGAGUGGGGCCGUUCCCCUGUUGGCAGAGUCACCCCACAAGAGUGGAAUGAAGAGUAGCCAUCACAGUUACUGUAAAACAGAAUUGUUUCAAGGUCAACUUGUUCUUUAAGCACUCUGCUGCUCAUUAAACUAUAGCAUAAUUGAAGAAAUAAAAUGCAUGUGAAACUGUUGAAAAGUCA